GCGAGGCCGCGCGCUGGCCGGUCCCGCGCUGUCUGCGGGAGGGGCCGAGCCCGUGUUCCUCCUCCCUACCGGUCCCCAUCCUUAAAGCACGAGUCCAGACGCCCCGCCUGUUGGAGAGGGCGCCUGGAUCUGGACAGCGAACAGCCGGCCGGGGCGGGCCAGGGCCGACCGAGGAGGGCCUGAGGCGACGGAGCAGCCGCGGCUGGCAGACGAGCGUCUCGGCCCGGACUGAGUGGUUGCGGGAGCUGCGAGGGGAGGGGUCGCGGGCGCCAUUGCUGCUCGUCAGAGCGCCGCUGGGCCCCCGUCAGCCCUCGGCUGCUCUACCCGGGCUGGGAGGAGCCGUCGCCAGUCCCUGACCGGGUCUUGUGAGUCGGGUGCCUAGUCUGCCGCCCGCGCCGAGACCAUGUUUGACAAGACGCGGCUGCCGUACGUGGCCCUCGAUUUGCUCUGCGUGUUGCUGGCUGGAUUGCCUUUUGCAAUUCUUACUUCAAGGCAUACCCCCUUCCAACGAGGAUUAUUCUGUAAUGAUGAGUCCAUCAAGUACCCUUACAAAGAAGACACCAUACCUUAUCCGUUAUUAGGUGGAAUAAUCAUUCCAUUCAGUAUUAUCGUUAUGAUUGUUGGAGAAACCCUGUCUGUUUACUUUAACCUCUUGCACUCGAAUUCCUUUAUCAGGAAUAACUACAUAGCCACUAUUUACAAAGCCAUUGGAACAUUUUUAUUUGGUGCAGCUGCUAGUCAGUCUCUGACUGACAUUGCCAAGUAUUCCAUAGGCAGACUGCGGCCUCACUUCUUGGAUGUUUGUGACCCAGACUGGUCAAAAAUCAACUGCAGUGAUGGUUACAUUGAAAACUACAUAUGUCGAGGGAAUGCACAAAAAGUGAAGGAGGGCAGAUUGUCCUUCUAUUCGGGCCACUCUUCAUUCUCCAUGUACUGCAUGCUGUUCGUGGCACUUUAUCUUCAAGCCAGGAUGAAGGGAGACUGGGCAAGACUCUUACGCCCCACACUGCAAUUUGGUCUUGUUGCCGUAUCCAUUUAUGUUGGCCUUUCUCGAGUUUCUGAUUACAAACACCACUGGAGUGAUGUGUUGACUGGACUCAUUCAAGGAGCUCUGGUCGCAGUAUUAGUUGCUGUAUAUGUGUCUGAUUUCUUCAAGGAGAGAAAUUCUCCUUUUAAAGAAAGUAAAGAGGAGGACUCUCACACAACUCUGCACGAAACACCAACGACAGGGAAUCAUUACCGGAACAGUCACCAACCUUAAAGGUGGUGGAGUGCCCACAGAAGCUGGCCUGCUUUCUAAAGGAAAAUGAUGGCAACCAGAAAGCAAGAGGAUGCGUCUUUCUUCCCGGUGUAUAAACCUUUAAGGGACUGCUGCUGCUAUACCUCUUGGAUGCCCACUUUACCUGUGUGUAUAUAGUUAACAUUUAACACAACGGUUAUCUAAUAGCUCAAGUUCAUUAAAAACAACUUCAAGCCUUUCACUAAAACAAUGCCCCACCUGUACAUUUUUUAUUAAAAAAUGUAAUGCUUAUGUAUAAA